AUGCAGAUCAGCGCCCAGCCCUUCAAAAGGAGUGCGGAGCGUCACAAUGCGCUCCUGUUGAUUGGAAACGUGAUCGGCAGCGGUGGCUCUGCUGUCGUCACAGAGUGUAGUGGCUGUUGUGAUGGUCCUGAUUGUGCUUUGUCUGAUGACAUGGUGGCUAAGAUCUACAAGGUUCGGUGUGCUGAUGAACCUCCAGAAGUCGCAUUGCAAGAGGCAAGAAUGCUCCAGGCUGUUGCAUCGGAACAUGUGGCAACAUAUCUUGGCCUUUACUACUUUGAUGCCAGCGAAGUCGCAGAACGAAUCCCCGCCAUUCAGUGCGUGCAGUCAACUCUGAAUGGACACUUUGGCAGCAGAGUGCAGUCGAGAAGCAGUAGGAGCAGGCACAGUAGCCGAAGCACUCGCGAGACAAAGCUGUCCACAGCAAGCGGUGACGGUCAGCGCUUGAAAUUAUGGGCAUUGCUUAUGGAACGCAUGGAUUACUCCUUGCACCAUUUGACAUGUUUUAGCUUCCUCGAGCCAGAGGCAGCGUUUGCAUGUCAAGCUCUCCUCCAGGGCCUCUCCCAUCUGCAUUCUCUUGGAAUCAUUCAUCGAGAUGUGAAACCAGCAAACAUUUUGAUUGCGAAUGGAGGCAGUCGGGUGGUCCUGAGUGACUUGGGCUUAGCCACAUGGAUUCCAGAAGGAUCGACUUCAGUGUCGAGAAAAGCAUGUGGAACGCGAGGCUUUCUGGCGCCUGAAUGCUUGUUGAGGGACGUAUGCAGCAAGGAGUCGGACAUGUUUGCUGUUGGGGCAGUCCUUUACCAACUUCUCUUCGGCACCUAUGCCUUUGUCAGGGCCAGUGUUGCUGAAACGGAAGCGGCAACGUUGCAGGGCAAAUUGCCUCUGGAGCCCUGCGGAGAAGCAGUGGGCAAAUCAGCUGCAAGUUGCGUGCUGGUGCGAAACCUCUUGGACUUUGACCCCACGUGUCGUCUCACAGCACAAGAAGCCUUGCGCAGUCCUUGGUUCCAAAAGCAAGAGUCGCUAGCAGCCCUGCAUAGCUUGAGGGAGGAGGAAAAGAGGAUCCAGGAUGAAACUGCCUUGGGUUUGUUCAUGGACGAGAACGCCACAACUCAGAGGCGCCCUCUCACAAAGGAGGUACGACUCAACAAGAAUCUCACUGAGCCAAAGGCAACCUGGGCAUCCCGGAUCUUGAAGGUAGCGAGGAGGAGUUUCGCGCGGAAUUUCCGAUCUAAAAAGGUGGCCCCCGAGCCGCUCGAGCCAGUGGAAUUUGACCAAAUUUGUGGUAGGUAG